UAUUGAUCAAUUAUUACAUGAAACGAAAGUCCAACUAUCCAAACACUAAUCUGCAUUCUCUCCAUCUUCCCUAAAAUGUUCACCGUGGCGUUAUCAGGACACGAGCAUCGUCUACACAACCGUCCUUAUGCUACGAAAUGCGAGGUUUGUUAUGGAUCGUAUCGUGGUGGCUAUUAUUGCCGUAUAUGCAAGUUCACCAUUCACAAGGUAUGUGCUUUUGUGUUUACCACACAAGAAACAUUCGAGAACCCUUCUCAUGUUGGACAUCAUCUCAAGCUUCUAACAAAAGGUGCUCCUGACCACACUGAUCCAAAAUGCCAUAUAUGCGGUAAAAACACCAAGCGUUUCGUUUAUCAUUGUUUCACCUGUAAUCUCAAUAUGGACGUUGACUGCAUGGUUGAUGCAAUGUUGAGUGAAACCCAAGUGGUACUGCCGUGGCACUCUCAUCCUCUGUUCGUACUUGAUUUUGGAGAUAAUAUGCGGUGCCAAGUUUGUGGUCGGUCCGGCGAGUAUGGAUACUUUUGCCUUCCUUGUAGGUUGAUGAUUCAUACAAAAUGCUUCUCCAAAUUCAUGUUAGAGAUCACUCAUCCAUCUCAUGCUAGACACCCUCUUAAGCUUCUCACUAACGGAGCUCCAGGCUAUACUGACAAAGAGUGUCAUAUAUGUGGUGAAGACAUUGAAAACUUACUUUAUCAUUGUGAUAUGUGUAAGUUCAACUUGGAUCUUAACUGUGCAGUCAAAAAAACCCCACCAGUUUCUCUUUCAAAUCUAAAGAUCCAUCAUCAUACACUCACGCUCAUGCCAAGAAUGAUCUCAUUCAUCUGUGAUGCUUGUGGGACUAAAGGUGACCGGGCUCCUUAUGUCUGCUUGGAGUGUGACUUCAUGAUGGUCCAUCAAAAGUGUGCUCGCUUACCACGAGUCAUUCAUGUCAGUCACCAUGAUCACCGCGUUUCUUACACGUAUCCUCUUGGUCCUGGAGAAUGGAGGUGUGGAGUUUGUUGGGAAGAGAUUGAUUGGUCAUAUGGGGCUUACUCUUGUUCCAUUUGUCCUAGUUAUGCUCUUCAUCCAAAAUGUGCAACAAGGAGAGAUGUAUGGGACGGGAAAGAGCUUGACGGAGUACCCGAAGAAGACGAAGAUAUCGAACCAUUCAAGGUGAAUAUUGAUGACAACACAAUCACUCAUUUCGCUCAUGAACAUAACAUGAGCGUCGAGAAAGAAGGUGUUGCUCCGGAGGAAAGUAUCUUGUGUGGAGCAUGUGUUCGUCCCAUUGGAGAUGACGACAUGUUCUACAACUGUUCAGAAUGUAGUUUCCUCCUCCAUGAAACAUGUGCUAAUCUUCCUAAGAAGAAACGACAUUUUCUGAGCCCAACACCUCUCAGUCUUCUGAAUGAGAAAUAUAUGGCAGGUAAAGAAUGUGAUGCUUGUCUGCAACGUUGCUGCCAAGGCUUCAUGUAUACGAAUGGAUCUCAGAACUUUGACCUACUAUGCAUCUCGCUUACAGUGCCUUUCAACCACGGAAGUCAUCCUGAUCAUCCCUUAAUCUACCUCGGAAGAAAUAACAUAGCUCAACCAAAGGCAUGCCAGAGUUGCGGCAUCCGUGGAAAAGGAGUCAUCCUAGGUUGUAUCAAAUGCGACUUCUUCUUGGACUUGCGUUGCGCUACUCUGCCCCUAACAGUAACAACACUUCACAGGUACGAUGAUCAUUCACUCACCCUUUGUUACGGCGAAAAGGCAAGCGACAACAACUACACAUACUGGUGUGAUAUCUGCGAGAGACAAACAAAUCCAGAGACCUGGUUCUACACUUGUAAAGAUUGUGGAGUCACUCUUCAUGUUUUCUGCGUGCUUGGGGAUCUCAAGUACGCUAAGCCAGGAGGAGAUGCUGGAGACGGUAUUGAGUUACUGCCUAACAAUACAUCUUCACGACCACUUUGCAGCACAUGCCGUCGUCGUUGCCCAGCUCCUUUCAUUCUUCAGAGGUAUUAUGACAAUGUAUUCCAAUGUUCUUUUCAUUGUUUCCUAAAGAGCAUAUCUAUUAUUAGAUCCAUAUGCCCUCCUUGGGCACCAGAACCCAAUACUUGAACAUGUAGUUAUUAGUUCGAGUCUGAAACCCAUCUGCUUUGGUUC